AUGUCGGAUCGUGGAAAAGAUGACGGCGCCGACCCGCUUGAGCCCGUCAAUCGUGAUGAAGAGAUGCCUGAAGCAGUGGAGCCGCCGGCGAAUGUUGUUGAAGGACAAGCUGAAGCGAAUAGAGGACAAGCAGCCAACAUCGGAGAAGUUUACCCACCUGUAAAAGCGGAAGGACCAGGGUCACCUGUGCUCGCCGCUGGAGCAGGCGGGGCUCCGAAUGUUCCCAUUCUUCCCCCUCAAAACCAAAUUCCUAUCAACUUAAACAAUAAUAAUCACGAUAAUGAACAAGAACGCGAACGCGUGCCGAAUAAUAUGAGAUUCUUGAGAAUGCAGAGACGUCCCUGGGCCGAGAUGGUUGAAGAAGACCAAGAUAAUAAGGAACACGAAUUUGAAUUUUUGGAAAUUCAAGGACCAGCGCCGCAGAGACAUCAUCCAUUCAGAGAACACUAUGGAGCUCAACCGGAUCUUGAGCCGAAGAUUUCGGUGGCGAAGAGGCUUGCAGCUGAGACAACAUUGGAGGAUGUGCAGUCGUUCAGGAACUACACGGCAGGAGAGAUUCAUCGUCCAGCACUACAUGAAGAUAAACCGCCAAACACAAUGGUGGAGUUGUCUCUUAAUUUCAUCACGAAGCUUCCGAGCGAGCCGCAUGCAUUGGCUACAAUUGUCGAGAACAAUGGAACAGUCUACAAAGUAGCUAUGGUUUUCAAAGAGGUUGUGGCGAACGAUCGUCCGGAUCUGAUGUACAUGAACUUUACGAAGUGGUCGUACGAUGUGACGUCAAGGAAGUAUGCCGAAUUGAAGCAAUACUAUAAGGGAGACACGAUCAUGAUCCACAAGGUUGUCAAGAGAAGAGAUGUUGCACCGGAGUCGUUUAUGAAGACGUUCGAUCAGAUUAGGAACAUGAAAGCCCACAACUAUUGGCAGGUAAGUGAGUUUUCAUUGGUACAAAGAAAAAUUUCAGAACCUCAACCAUUUUCGUUGGUUGGCAGAGCAGCAGGAGGUCGUCACAGUAAGAAGUUAGCUGUCUGCGGAGUCACAGAGAUCGUGACGGUAAGCGAGGACACUUUCAACGAUAACCGUGCACCUCAAGGAUACCGAGCUGAUGCAGUAGCGUUUACACCUGUGCUCAUUCCUGGACAACUCCUGAAGUCACUGUUGCCUGGAACGCCACACAUUGUGGUGAGAAGAGAAACUGCAGCUCAAAGUAAGUCAUGGGAUCUUCGUCCACAAGUCAUCAACUUCGGAAUCAUGGGAGCAAGGAAAGCCUACCCAUUUCUUCAUCUUCCAAACUACAUGGCAGGAAGAUCGCCGAAUACAGAAGAUGCUUGGAGAGGAGUGCGGAAACUCGGACAUCAUGGAUUGAGCGCCAUGAUCAGCACUUCGAAUAUGAACCAGGACAAAUUCCACUACGAAACUACGUUGCAACACGUACGUGAAUUGGAAGGAUCAAUGAAGGUUUCUUUUGCUCUUCAAUAUCCUGGAAGGCCAGUCAAGGCGUGCAAUUGGAAGAAUGGUACCAAAUUCUCGAUCGAAACACCAGCCGGAACCUUCGUGCCAGCAGCGGUCGAUCACGCGGUGCAGUCGACGGAUGCGAUCACCACGAUCGAGUGCAGAAUUCUGAGACCGGCCGAUAAUGCAGUUCACAUUUUGGCGGUCGGAGAGGACGCAGUCCUUAUAAAACAAACUAAAGAAGCAGAUGGUCACCUUCUAGCAGCAACUCCUGUUGUUCCAGUGGAUACGGUGUUGGAUCGUAAUAAAGGUUUGGCAACCUUUGCAGCGUUAAAUGGUGGUCCAAUCAUAGCAAGUAAUGGCUUAAACUAUCCACAUAAGGAGUUCAGAUAUCAGAACUUCGUGUGUUCAGCUCAACAGAGCACGUUCAUUCAAGCUUGUUGCGACCUGAAGCUCGGAGCUUUAUCAUUGGAUGGUGCCUUUGGCACGGGUAAAACCAAGGCGGUAGCUGCAACAGCUAUCGAAUUUUCAAAUCAAAAUAUCCAAAGAGUUAUUAUUUCAGCGAACAACAAUGGAGCAGUGAAGGCAAUUCAUGAUGCGAUUCGUUCGUUGGCACCCAGAGGAAGAGUGAAGGUUGUUCGAGCCAUGUCAGCGCGUUUGAGAGAUGAGGCGAAGCCGGAAGUGCUCACAGAGGAUGAUUUCCCGAUUCUAUGGAGAGAAGUGUUCACGGAGGUCGUGCAGUCAGUCAACAGACCGAAUGUCAGAGGAACCCAUCCUGCAAUUAUUGACGCCGCGAGACAUUUGAACGCUCAUGGACUUCUUCCGUCGCCGAUGUUGAACAACGAGAUUAGAGUUCGAUGCAAAGCACCAUACAAAACGGAGCCCCCAGCACAUACCAUCUGGACGGCGUUGAUGAAGAUUCAUGAGACAGCAAUCAUCAUCGGGACUACAGCAUCGAUUCACACAGCUCUCAAUGAUAUUGGAUUCGCCAGCAAAGCGAAUGAGAUUGGAUUGGUGAUGCUCGACGAAGCUUCACAAAUUCCAAUGAUCAAGAUCGGAGGACUCGCUACACAUUUCCCUAAAGCGAAGUUCGUAUUGGUUGGAGAUUGA